AUGCCAAACUCACAGCUCCUGCAAAAACCUUCCCUCCUCUCCCGGAUAGGGGCUCGUGUCGAUGAUCCUCCGCAUCAUGUGGGGUUGAGUCAAAGGAAUUUUCAUUCAUACAAUUCAAAACAAAGAGACGAGACUCGUCUCAGACUUUUUGGAAAUAAUAGUGACGGGAAACAAACAUCGGGGUUAACAACAGGUCACGCUGGUCGUCACUCCCACACCAAGCAGCAUGUACCAGACUCUUCCUUCGUCGAUCGUGUACCUGCUAUUCGCCAGCCGACGGCUUUUUCACCGGGCGCAGUCAUCCAAGAGUGGAACAACCAUGCAUAUGGUAUCUUAGCGACUGUGUCCAUCUCCGGAUCUCCCGCUGGGUCUGAUACAAAGUCCAUGUCCGUUGACGAUGGGCCGCUGGACUCUAGACAGUUUAGGAAAAGGAGUUCCAGAAUGUCUGUCGAUCCCUCCCCAUUGACAGGCACCUGUUGCAAGGCUUCGUCUCAGAUGUCGGUUGAUCCAUCUUCUCCGAAUCUUGAUCAAGGCGCUCGGCGUAAGGCUUCAUCCCGCAUGUCGGUUGACGUUUCUUCUACCCGUCGGAGCCGAAGGUCAUCAGACCGGAUGCUGAUUGACGAGAUCCAGCACCACUAUCCUACACAGAACCUCCCACAGCAGGUGUACAGUCACUGUGGCCCUUCAUUUACUACUCGCCCGACUGUCUCGCCGACCAUGACAUGUACUCGCAAUACUUCGGUACAUUUCCAACGAGAACGUACGCUCGCGUCAAGCGCUUUGCCUCCCACAUUACAACAUAUCUCUCCAUUGCAUGAUAGAGGUUCGCCUCGUGGAGAAGCUAAUUCGGCGUCAAUACUUUCGUCACGAUCACUCUCUCUACAACAUGGGCGCGACAAGGAAAAUCAAGUCCUCUCCCAAACAACAUCCCCUUCCCGCCCAUGCACAUCACAACCGUCUCCUAGCCUGAUCCCCAGCUCCCUUGCACACCCUCCGGGUCGCUCAGAAUUCUCACCAGCUGCACCUCCCGCAACACUCUCCCCAAAACAUGAGACUCCAGCUUCAAGGCAGGGGAAUGGAUCGCUCCCCACGAAUCCAGAUGUUACUCAUCGUCUAUCCCCUACCAGUAGGAGUCGUGUUCGUGCGCGAGGGUCAUCCUCGGGGGACGAUGCCAAUUACAAGCGUCAUUGUGUCCGACAAGAUAGCCAACCUGUUGCUCUUCUCUCCAUUGAUUCUCGUUCGGCAUGUGGCACGUCUCCCCAGUCACCUCAGUCGCUCUCCCCUAUCAAUGAGACUUGGCUCCCACCUAUGGAGAAGCAGUUGGAAAUGGCCCGCAAGUCACAGCUGAAAGCCAGGUUCAGGGAAUUUAAAGCUAUCAUUGGUGGGGCUGUCGACGAAAUCAGGGAGGUAAUUGUGCCUUAUCAUAAGGACCAUCGAAAGCGUAAAGUCGCACGCACGAAUAUCAACUCAGAGCCUUUCUUAGGAGUUCCCGACUACCUGCGAUUUGUAGAGCAUUACAACCCACCAAGAACUACACACACAUCCCGAUCUCAACCACGCACAUCAUUUGACAUUACGAAGGAUAUUGACCACAUUGCUCAAACAUGGACGAAGCUCACGCUGUGCGAUUCUCCAACGGCAUUGCGAGGGGAUGACGUGUCCCUUCAGGGCGAAGUACCCCAUCUUUCUUUAUCUCCCCCAAAAACCAACGAGCCUCCCAUGAGCCAAAGCAGAUCACCACCUGUUCGUAGGACUGCAGGUCUUGGCGCAGUCACGCGGUUCCAGAGUGAUGAAGUCGAAAUAUACAUAGGAGAUGCUGUGAACUUGGCUGCUCCUACGUUUCGCCGACGCAGGACUGCUGAUGCCUUCGAUGCCAACGGAUCAUACCCCGACCCCUUACAUAACAAUUACCUCCAUCACAGGUGA